AAAAAAACACCUUGAAAAAACAAAACAGUACUCAAGGAACCCUUAGUAUUAACCAAUCUUGUCUUUGCCACCUUUUCUUUUCACCGCCAUCCCCAGUCACUAAUGCUGGUUUUCUUUGGAUAACAUGUAUCUUUUAGAAUGCAUCUACACUAAACAUUUAUGCCUGGAUGGGAGGCAGAUACACUUGGAAAUUUAUGACCCUUGUUCACAGCCACAGCGGGGGAAACUCUCCCUCACAGACGAGCUUCACUGGGCUGAUGGAUUUAUCAUUGUUUACGACAUCAGUGACAGAGCAUCAUUUGCAUUUGCAAAAGCAUUGCUGUACAGGAUCCGAGAGUCUCAUAUAGGAGCUUGUAAAAAAAUGGCUGAGACAUCAGUAUUUUUGGUUGGUAAUAAACAAGAUUUAUGCCACAUGAGGGAAGUUGGCUGGGAUGAAGGACAGAAGCUGGCAAUAGAUAACAAGUGCCAAUUCUGUGAACUGUCGGCAGCAGAACAUUAUCAGGAAGUCGUGGCAAUGUUCAUGAAAGUCCUGAGGAACAUCACCUCAAAUUUCAAAGCAAAGGAAAAGAGACGACCAAGUGGAUCAAAGUCAAUGGCCAAGUUAAUCAACAACGUGUUUGGAAAGAGAAGAAAAUCUGUGUAAAAGAUGGUUAGUCUUCAAGUAGGAACAAGCUGAAAUAACAGGCAGCUCUUGGGACUCUGUCACUUUCCUCCAAAGAUCAAUGUCUGGAGGAGUAAGACAGUAGAAACCAAAGGCAGGAGAUAGUAUGGUCAAGUGGACAGGGUGUAGACCUAGAAAACCUGACCUUCUGUUUCCAGUUCUACUACAGAUUCACUGUGUUAGGCCAAUGUCACUUAAACACAAAGCUGCUUCUCUCACCCUUUAUAAGUUCUUCAGAGGAGACUUUCAGUCUACAUUUAUUCAACACCAGCAUGGUCUUGGAGCGAGCUUCUAAGUGCAACUGAAUUAUAAACAGUUAUUUCUAAUAAACUCAGCCUUGCUGAUCAAAAUCUUACUUCAGAAUUUUGAGAAGUAGUUGUUUUUUAUAUAAGAACACCUGCACUAAAGAAAAGCAAAAUACUGCUGCUGCUUCAUAUGAUAAUGUAUUUUUAUUUAACUCAAGGAAGGAUGGCUCAGAUCCUCAUGUGCCUAAAGGUGUCUAACACUUACUGAAAUUCAUAUGAAUUAAAUGCUUAGACACCAAAUCUGCAAAAGGUAUUCACUGGCAGAGCUGCCUUGCAGAGGCACCAGAAGUAGGGAAGCAGAUAAAUAAAGCAGUAUUGUCUCCUGUUUCAGUAUUUUUUUUUUUAAGUUUUAUUUUGAGUGAUGAAAGAAAGUAAAGCAGGUUGAGGAAGGUGGGAACUGAAAUGUUAGUGAAAUGUUGGCCACUGAGCAUUGGAGUGUUUUGGCAAUAUCAUUGUUUAGUGAAAUAAUUUUACGUUUAGGGCCAAUGUAAAGUAACAUGGUAACAUCUUGGGCUGAUCCCUUUCACAGAGCAGUUUUCAUGAAUUAUAACAGUUUCCUUACCUGUAAGGUGGAUGUGCCUGUUCAAUUUUAGAUGAGAGUGGAAGCUCAAAAAGCACGUGGACUGGUAAAGAGCACAAGUUCUUUAGGGUGUCUGCCUGGAUUUGAAAGUCAGCCUGUUGGUAAGACUAGUGCUCCUAACUUCUAGGGAGUGUUUUUCCUAAGGACCAAUGUCUUUACAACUAGUCAUUGCUAUGGUAUUGAAAUGCCACUUGAGAGAGCACUAAGGAAUAUGUUAGCUACACUUUUAAAAUGUGGAUAAUAAACAUCAGACAGCUCUAAAUAUGUUGUCAGUUGACAUUCAGAGCUCAUACUGUACACAACUAAAUAAGGACUUAACCCAGUGUGUUUUAAAGUGCUGUGCUCAUAGAAAUCAUGAAAGGGAAGUGACCUAAAGGUGAAUUACUGCCUCCUACCCAUUCCAGAGGACAGCUGGGAUUCAGUCUUUGUAAAUUGUUGAGUUGAAGCCUGCCUCUGCUCUGAAAUUUUACCUCCAUUUGAAACUCGUAAGAUUACUUUGGCAGCCACAGCAGAAUACUGAUUUUCAAAUCUCCACACCCAUAAGAUAACAUUAAAAAGCUAUAUGAUCUUAGCCUUACUGUUGUAAAAUAAAACUAACGUACCGUUUAAUAAGUGUUGAUCAAAGAUCACUUUUUUAAACAGUAUCUUUUCCUUAUUUCACUUGUUUUGAGACUACAAAUGUUGGAAUAUAGUUCUCAAUGUUGACAGGCACAGUAUUGCUUUAUUUCUAUGCAGAUGCUGCUCUACCAUAUCAGUAGUAGUGUAUUUAACUGUAUUGCCAAUAUUUAUGAGGCUGAACUUGAAGACUACUCAUAUACACCCUUCAGCUUUACAGCACA